AUGAAACAACUGUCGACAAAAGUAACAAGCAAUGCCCAUGGACAAGACUCUUCCUACUUCUUGGGAUGGGAAGAAUACGAGAAGAAUCCGUAUGAUGAAACCAAGAACCCUAAUGGAAUUAUUCAAAUGGGUCUUGCGGAAAAUCAGCUAUGUUUUGAUCUCAUAGAGACAUGGUUAGCUAAGAACCCGGACGCAGCCGGACUCAAGAAGGACGGCCAAUCCAUUUUCAAAGAGCUUGCUCUCUUCCAAGACUAUCAUGGCCUACCCGAAUUCAAGAAAGCUUUGGCAGAAUUCAUGGAGGAAAUAAGAGGAAACAGAGUAACAUUUGAUCCAACCAAGAUUGUUCUAGCUGCUGGUUCAACUUCUGCCAACGAAACUCUCAUGUUUUGUCUUGCGGAACCCGGCGACGCUUUUCUCUUACCCACUCCUUACUAUCCAGGAUUUGAUAGGGAUCUGAAAUGGAGAACAGGAGCAGAGAUUGUGCCAAUUCAUUGUUCGAGCUCUAAUGGGUUCCAAAUAACAGAAUCAGCUCUUCAACAAGCUUAUCAACAAGCUCAGAAGCUUGAUCUUAAGGUCAAAGGAGUUCUUGUCACCAACCCAUCGAACCCACUUGGCACAAUGUUGACCAAAAGAGAACUUAACCUUCUCGUUGACUUCAUUACUUCCAAAAACAUUCAUCUCAUAAGCGACGAGAUCUAUUCAGGUACCGUUUUUGGAUUUGAACAAUUCGUUAGUGUCAUGGAUGUCUUGAAAGACAAGAAACUCGAGAACAGUGAGGUCUCCAAAAGAGUUCAUGUCGUUUAUAGUCUUUCCAAAGAUCUCGGUUUACCUGGUUUUCGCGUUGGAGCAAUAUACUCCAACGACGAAAUGGUUGUUUCCGCUGCGACAAAAAUGUCGAGUUUCGGCCUCGUCUCUUCUCAAACACAAUACCUUCUCUCUGCUUUGCUUUCCGACAAGAAGUUCACAGGAACUUACCUCAACGAAAACCAGAAAAGACUCAAGAUUCGUCAAAAGCAACUCGUGUCCGGUCUUGAAGCCGCAGGGGUUACUUGUCUUAAAAGCAACGCUGGUUUGUUUUGUUGGGUCGACAUGAGGCAUCUCUUGGACACAAACACAUUCGAAGCAGAGCUUGAGCUAUGGAAAAAGAUUGUAUACGAAGUGAAGCUGAAUAUUUCACCCGGUUCAUCGUGCCAUUGUACUGAACCGGGUUGGUUUAGGGUUUGUUUCGCCAACAUGAGUGAAGAGACACUCGAUUUGGCGAUGAAGAGGCUCAAGGAAUACGUAGAAUCAACAGACAGUAGUAGAAUGAUUUCAAAAAGCAGCCAUGAAAGGAUCAGGAGUUUGAGGAAGAGGACUGUCUCUAACUGGGUUUUCCGGGUUUCAUGGACCGACCGGGUACCUGAUGAACGUUGA